AUGGAUAAAUUGGAGAGGAGGCUCGCUCGUCUCUGGCGUCGCAUGCGCGGCGAGAAGCGGAGGGAGCGCAGGUCGAAGAAGGGAGAAUCCUCGCCACAGUCAAACCGAGGAGAAGUCGUCACUUCGAACAACAAGCAGCGUUACGAGAACAACAAUGAUCUCAAGGAUUUGACUCCAAGACGAAAUCAUUCGAAACAUGAGGAAAAGGAUUUGGAUUUUAAACUCCCUAGACGUAGUCACUCAAAGCACGAUGAAAAGGAUAAGAAAUUGGCUCUUAGGCGUAGUCAGUCAAAACACGAUGAGAAGGAUGUGAAGGAAGCAGCAAUUAGACGUAAUCAUUCUAAUCACGUCAAAGAGGAUCCAAAAAGUGCUAUCUCAAAUCGUAGUGAUUCGAGGGAGGCAAUUCAGAAGGAGUUAACAUCCAGACCUGAUCAUUCAAAGAUGGAGGAAAGUGUAGCGCCGAGCAGAACUCAGCGCCAUCCUCCUGAGGACAUAUCUCUUGCGUUGAUCAGACUGUACGCUUUUGCUCGGCUGAAGUCGUUGCAGAAGACUAUUGUGGCAGGAUCGACGUCGUUAAAAUCGUACGUACCCAGCACACCAGCCCAUCACGAUAAUCUUGAGUCAUUCAAGCCAUUAGAGCGGCUCUCAUUCCUCUCCUCUCUACCGCAACUAUCGCCUUAUCGAUUUGAAAGCAAAGACUUUGACAAGGUUAGCUCUUGUGAAUUAGUGGUUGUUUACACAAUACGUACGUUGCUUUAG